AUGGCCAAGAUUCCCCGCAACUUUCGCCUCUUGGAGGAGCUCGAGAAGGGCGAGAAGGGUCUCGGCGCGGAAGCAUGCAGCUAUGGUCUCGAGGACUCUGAGGAUCUCCUCAUGAGCAACUGGAACGGCACGAUCCUUGGUCCUCCCCACAGCGUCCACGAGAACCGCAUCUACUCCCUCAAGAUGCACUGCGGCGACGCGUACCCCGACCAGCCGCCCACCAUCCAGUUCAUCUCUCAGAUCAACCUGCCCGCCGUGAACCCGCGCAACGGCGUCGUCGACCCCAAGAUGCUGCCGUGCCUGGCGCAGUGGAAGCGGGAGAACACCAUGGAGACGAUCCUGAUCGAGUUGCGGCGGUACAUGGCCGCCCCUGCGAACAAGAAGCUCCCACAACCCCCCGAGGGCUCGACGUACGAAUGA